AUGUCGCUGCUGAUUGUCGGAGCUGGCGUUUUUGGGCUUUCGACGGCCAUCGAAGCGCAGAAGAAAGGAUACGCGGUCACCGUGCUCGAUAAGCACGCCGUUCCGUCUCCGUACUCUGCCGCAUGCGAUAUCAACAAGAUCAUCCGGAGCGAGUACGACUCGCAGUUCUACGCGAAAAUGAGUCUAGAUGCCAUUGAAGCGUGGAAGUCCGACCCUGACUACUCAGAAACGUACUACGAGUGCGGCAGACUGUCUGUUUGUCCGAAAUCCAACUCCAGCAGACGGAGAUUUGACGAUAUAAGUAUCGCUGUUCUUGGCGAGCUGGGCAAGGCUGAUAAGAUUACCAGAUACGCCGACGCCGCCUCUUUGAAACGGGACCUGCCCUGUCUGGAGGACUGCCAGUUCUCGUCAGAGGACGUUUGUGUUUACAACGGCAGGGCCGGGUACGCACAUUCGUCUAAUGCCUUGAGAGCAGCCUGGAGGAAAGCUGUUCGCUGCGGAGUCCAAUUUGUCUUUGGCGAGGCUGGAGAGGCCAUCGGCAUAGAGCAGACCGAUGGUAAGGCCGCUGUGGCUGUGAAGUCUGGAGCCAAAUACGCUGCAGACAAGAUUCUCGUUGCUUGUGGUGCGAGCUCCGGAUUUGUUGUGAACGUUGCGGGCGUGCAAUCGGCCACUGGUUUGUUUGUCACACACAUCCAGUUGUCCCCCGAGGAGAUAGCCAGAGUGCAGGACAUUCCGGUGAUUUUUGACGCGGGCCUUGGGUAUUUCUUUCCGCCUGAUAAGGAAACCGGGCUGAUGAAAGUGUGUAUUUCUGGCGUGGCGGCAGCAAACAACGUGGCAAAUCCUCACGAUACAGGCACUGUGUCCCUGCCGCGCUACAAAAACGACGUGUCGACGGACACGAUUCCGCAAAGCACGCUUCCUCAGGCACGCAAGCUGCUGACGAAGUACUUUCCCGAACUGGCUACCAAACCAUUUAUAGGAAGCAAAACCUGCUGGAUCGCAGACAGUUCGAACUCCGACUUCCUCAUAGACAAGGUUCCUGGCUACUCGGACGUGUAUCUCGCGUCUGGAGACUCUGGCCACGGAUUUAAAUUUCUUCCUAACAUCGGGAGCUAUAUACUGGAGAGGUUAGAGGGCCGUCUGGAUGCGGCGAUUGCAGAAAGAUGGAAAUGGAGGGGCGAGCCGGAGGGGCUGAAAAAGUACAAAAAUACAGACUGGAAAUUGACGAAGCAGCUGCUCGAGUUCGACCAGAUCUCUUUUGCUGGAAAUUGA